UGUUUUCUAGCUUUGCAUCGCUUACAAGACCGAACAAACACACGCCGACCAAGCAUUUGUAUGGGCGAUUCACGCUCUGUAGGCUCCGUAAUGGCGGAAACAAGCCUCCCUUUCCGGACGUGACGUUGGUAAUCAGUAACCUGCGCCACCAAUGUGCUGUCAGCACAUUUAUUGUUUACGAAAUCUAUAUGCGCAGUCUUGUUGGGCAACAGCUAAAGUCUUCGCGCGACGAUCUUGUAUUUCAAUUAGGCAUAUGUAGGUACCUUGGUAUCAGUCAGUAAUUAUAACCAGGGUUUCAUACAGCCUUUAUUAAGAAAUUAUUUCUUCAGUGUAUAUUUCAGCUUAUGAUACUAUUAGUAAGUUUACUUUCGUCUGUGUCUACGCAAUUGGAUAAAUAAGAAAACCAACACUGUGUGCUUAAGCAACUGCACUAUUUUUGUAAGCUCCUUUGUCACAAUCCUGCCAACAGUUAGAAUAAAUUGCGUCAUUAAAUGUGCAGCAUUUAUUUUAUAACAAUUAACACAUGCUGUAAAAGGUAUAAUGACCAUCGAAGAAUCUUUAAAGUCAAGUGAAAGUUUAGCUUUUCCACACGAAGUUCCACGAAAGAAGUUUUAUGUGCGACAACGAUACGUGCUUGCUUCCCUUGGUUUUAUGGGCUACUUUCUAAUCAGUUGUUUACGAAACUGUAUAAACAUCACGAUAUUGUCGAUGGUGCGCUGGAACAAUACAGAGACCAAUGUCACAGAUGCGGUUAAUGCGUCCAUUGAGAAAUCUGAAGGUAGUUUCGAUUGGAGCAGCGACCAAGAAGGACUAUUUCUCGGCGCCUACUUUUACGGAUACGUCUGUACCAACAUUUUGGGCGGAUGGCUUGGAAAUAAGUUCGGUUUCCCGAUAGUUUUCGGAUUACCCGUUUUUAUCUCCGCCCUUCUAAGCAUUGCAACCCCUAUUGCAGCUUACACUAGCUUUCCACUCGUUAUAGCUUGCCGAGUACUCAUAGGCUUGGUUCAGGGAGUAGCAGUUUCUUCUUAUCAAUGUUGUUGGAGCUCUUGGGCGCCACCUUUCGAGCGUAGUAUAUUAAAUUCCAUUGCUUUGUCCGGAGUUCCGUUUGGACUUGGAUUCGUUUAUCCAUUUGCUGGGUAUAUUUCUGAAACUAUUGGCUGGGAAGCUGUAUUUUAUGUACUAGGCGGUGUCACAAUCGGUUGGUCAGUGGUUUGGAUAAUAAUCGUCUCUGAUUCACCACGCACGAACAGAUGUAUAACUGCAGCAGAAGUUGCUUACAUAGAAAAUAGCAUCGGUUUUACCAUCGAGGACAUGCAAUCACAAGACGUGCCUUGGGGAGCAAUAAUGAGAUCACGGAGUGUGUGGGCAAUAUUUGUUGCCCAUUUCUGCGACAAUUGGAGUGGCUACACUUUCAAUGCCAUUUUGCCAACUUUUAUGUCCAGGAUAUUUAAUUUCAAUGUGUUCCAAAGUGGGGCCGUAAUGACAGCUCCGUACAUAGCUCAGUUUGGUGUGAGCAUUCUUGCAGGUUACAUAACCGACGCUGCUCGAAAACGGAAAUGGAUAAGUACCUGUGUAGCUCGCAAAGUGAACACUAUCAUUGCGUUGAGCUUCCUAAAUAUUUUUAUGAUCAUUGGAAGUUACUGUGCAACUGAUAGUACGACCGUUGUGGUCUUACUGAUCGUCGGAGUGUCUCUCAGAGCAUUUACGUACCCUGGACACCUUUCAAACUUCGUAGACAUCGCACCCAUGUACGCUGGAGUGAUUUUUGGAAUAUCAAACACCAUUGCUUCUGUACCCGGCUUUCUCGGGCCUCUCACAGCUGGAUUAGUUAUCACAGAUAAGCAUUAUGCAAUUUCCUUAGACAUCUAUCAGCCAAUGGCAAACUAUGUUCUGGAUAAACGGAGCGUUCGGUUUCUUCGGUUCGAUUUUCUUUUUCUUUUUUGGAUCUGGAGUGGAGCGGAAAUGGGCACAAAGAAAAGUCCCCGAAGAGGAAAAAGAAAUAAAUGCGAACCUGAAAAGUGCUGACAUCAGAGAUGACGAGUGCUGAUGUUGUUUCUAUUUC